AUGCCUGCACCAAUGAGGACGUCUAUUGUUCCGUGUCUGGUGCUUGUGCUGCUGGGGUGCUGCUGCGAAGCGGAGUCUGGACAGCUCUCGUACUCCGUGUUCGAGGAAUUGAAUCCGGGGACUUCUGUAGGAAAUAUCGCUAAGGAUCUCAACCUCAGCCUUCAGGAUUUGGAAUCCCGUAUGUUUCAGAUUGUCACUGGAUCAAAAAGAAAAUAUUUCGAGGUUAAUGUGAAGACUGGUGUUCUCUACGUUAAUGAGAGAAUCGACAGAGAGGAGCUCUGUGCAAAGGCGCCUAAAUGUACAGUCAGUGUAGAAGCGGUAAUAAACAGUCCUUUGAAGCUUUAUCGCUUAGAAAUAAAUAUACUAGAUGUUAACGACAACGACCCGUCAUUCACAGAGAAGUCUCAAACUGUAGACAUAGCGGAGAAUACGCUGCCUGGAAUUAAAUUCGCUUUGUCGGAGGCCAUCGAUGCAGAUGUAGGUAAGAAUACGGUUAAUGCGUUUAAAUUAACACCAAAUGAAUAUUUUUCUCUCGCUACAACCAAGGGAGGAGAAAGCGUGUAUGCAGAGUUAGUUUUACAGAAAACGCUGGACCGAGAAAAACAGGCUGUGAUACAUCUCACCGUGACUGCUGUAGAUGGAGGGACUCCACCGAGAUCUGGCACGUCACAGGUCAUAAUACACGUUUUAGACAUAAAUGACAAUCCUCCAGUGUUUAGCAAUCCCUUGUACAAAACUCGUAUAUUUGAAAACACGCCAAUCGGGACAACUGUGAUCACACUAAAUGCAACCGACGCAGACGAGGGGACUAACGGUGAGAUAGUGUAUUCCUUAAGAAGUAAAGGGCAGGAUCGUAUAUUAGAGGUUUUUCAUAUUGAUCCCAUAACGGGUGCGAUAAUGGUUAAAGCCGAUGUCAAUUAUGAGGAAUAUACGGCGUUCGAGAUACGUGUAGAGGCCAGUGAUAAAGGGCAGCCUCCGAUGUCUGCUCAUUGUAAAGUGCUGGUAGAAGUUAUUGAUGUGAAUGACAAUGCUCCCGAGAUCACUGUGACGUCACUGUUCGAUACUGUAAAGGAGGACGCAGAUGUAGGUACUGCUAUUGCACUCGUGUCCGUUCUAGACAAUGAUGGCGGUCGAAAUGGCGAAGUUAAAUGUAAAAUCUUAAAUAAAGUUCCCUUUAAACUAGAGACAAACUACAAAAACUAUUACUCUCUCGUUGUUGACGGGGCUCUUGACAGAGAAAUUACAGCCCGCUACAACGUCACAAUUUCGGCUAUCGAUGAAGGAACUCCUCCUCUCUCAAAUACCAGUGUUAUUACUGUUCAUAUUUCUGAUGUAAAUGAUAACUCACCUCGUUUCUCAGAACCUGUGGUUAAUAUGUACGUGAAAGAAAACAGUGAAGUUGGGGUAGUUAUUAAAAAGGUAUCUGCAUCGGAUGCUGACAUUGAAAAGAAUGGCCAGGUUAGAUAUUCAUUUUUAGACAGCAAUAGUAACUCAGUCCCCGUGUCAACAAUGGUGAACAUCAACUCAGAGACUGGAGACAUAGUCAGCCUGCAGUCUUUUAACUACGAGGAGUUGAAAACGUUUCAGUUUAAAGUUCAGGCCACAGACUCUGGUGUUCCUCCGCUCAGCAGCAACGUGACUGUGAACGUUUUAAUCCUGGAUGAGAAUGACAACAGUCCCACGAUUCUCGCGCCCUAUUCUGAGCACGGCUCCGUUAACAGUGAGACCAUCCCCUAUUCUGCUGAAGCGGGAUACUUUGUGGCAAAGAUCAGGGCUGUAGACGCAGACUCUGGAUACAAUGCGCUGCUUUCCUAUCACCUCUCUGAGCCCAAAGGAAACAACCUCUUCCGGAUCGGAACCAGCACCGGAGAGAUCAGGACUAAGAGGAGAAUGAGUGACAAUGACCUGAAAACUCACCCCUUGGUGGUGUUGGUUUCUGAUAACGGAGAACCCUCCCUGUCAGCUACUGUGUCUAUUGAAGUGGUGGUGGUUGAAAGCACAGCUGACAUCCAGACUCAGUUCAGACAUGUGCCCAUAAAGGAGGACAGCUUCUCUGAUUUAAACCUGUAUCUGCUGAUCUCCAUUGUGUCGGUGUCGGUGAUCUUUCUGCUGACCCUCAUCAGUUUAAUAGCUGUCAAAUGCCACAGGACAGACGGCAGUUUCAGCAGGUACAGCGCCCCAAUGAUCACCACCCACCCUGACGGGAGCUGGUCUUACUCUAAGGCUACUCAGCAGUAUGACGUGUGUUUCAGCUCAGACACACUGAAGAGUGACGUAGUGGUUUUCCCCGCACAGUUUCCACCUGUAGAUGGUGAGCUGAUCAGUAUUAACGGAGGAGACACUUUUACCAGAACUCAGACUUUACCCAACACAGACAAGAUUUCCUACUCGGUUUCUGAGGAGGUGGACAAAGGCACAGCGGUGGGGAAUCUCGCUAAGGAUUUAAACAUUCAAACACAGCAACUGGAAGAACGGGGAUUUCGGAUUGUAUCGGGAUACAUCGUAAACAUCAACUCAGAGACUGGAGACAUAGUCAGCCUGCAGUCUUUUAACUACGAGGAGUUGAAAACGUUUCAGUUUAAAGUUCAGGCCACAGACUCUGGUGUUCCUCCGCUCAGCAGCAACGUGACUGUGAACGUUUUAAUCCUGGAUGAGAAUGACAACAGUCCCACGAUUCUCGCGCCCUAUUCUGAGCACGGCUCCGUUAACAGUGAGACCAUCCCCUAUUCUGCUGAAGCGGGAUACUUUGUGGCAAAGAUCAGGGCUGUAGACGCAGACUCUGGAUACAAUGCGCUGCUUUCCUAUCACCUCUCUGAGCCCAAAGGAAACAACCUCUUCCGGAUCGGAACCAGCACCGGAGAGAUCAGGACUAAGAGGAGAAUGAGUGACAAUGACCUGAAAACUCACCCCUUGGUGGUGUUGGUUUCUGAUAACGGAGAACCCUCCCUGUCAGCUACUGUGUCUAUUGAAGUGGUGGUGGUUGAAAGCACAGCUGACAUCCAGACUCAGUUCAGACAUGUGCCCAUAAAGGAGGACAGCUUCUCUGAUUUAAACCUGUAUCUGCUGAUCUCCAUUGUGUCGGUGUCGGUGAUCUUUCUGCUGACCCUCAUCAGUUUAAUAGCUGUCAAAUGCCACAGGACAGACGGCAGUUUCAGCAGGUACAGCGCCCCAAUGAUCACCACCCACCCUGACGGGAGCUGGUCUUACUCUAAGGCUACUCAGCAGUAUGACGUGUGCUUCAGCUCAGACACACUGAAGAGUGACGUAGUGGUUUUCCCCGCACAGUUUCCGCCUGUAGAUGGUGAGCUGAUCAGUAUUAACGGAGGAGACACUUUUACCAGAACGCAGACUUUACCUACUAACGACAAGAUUAUGUAA